AUGGCCACCACAAGUUACACUUUUCCAAGUACCUUAGACAUGAACGAAUUGCCCAUAGUGCGCUUCAAACUAAACACACCGCCUUUGAGAUGCAUUAUUGAAGCCAUAUUACCCGAGUUAUUAAACAACUUUGAAAAUGCAAGUGUAGAAGUAGUUCAAUGUCCAGAUUUAACCCAACCACCGUUUAACUUGACUUCUGAAGGACUAUGUGGCGACGAAAACGUAUUCGACAUCGGCGACGUCACCAAUUUAAUACCUUCGUUUAAGCGAGACAAAUUGUAUAACGUCAAAGAUUUAAAACGGAUUACUGGGUCCGAUCCUUUGUUCAUCAUCGGAGCGUGUGCUGGACCAUAUCCGUUUUUUGGAGCCGACAGUGAGUGCGUGGAAAAUGUUAAAAUUACUGGCGAUCGUGUGGAAAACGGAACACAUGUUCACAUGACAAAGUCCGAUGACGUCCCGGAGUGUUUCCAUAAGUCGUUACCCGACGACGAAAUGAGGUUUUCAAUGAUGGCCAAUUUUUUCACUAGUAACGGCUUUAAAGGAGAGGUUUUGAAAAUUGUGUGCGAAGUAAGAAAGGGACCGCUAAGUUAUAGCACGUGCAUUAAAGAAGCAUUAGUAAAGCAUUUUGGCAAUGAAAUAAUUGCAUUGGGUGGAGUAAUACUCAUCGAAAAUGGAAAAGUGAAGGUUCACGUCAUCAAACCGAGCUUGGCGAAAAUACCAAUAAAAUCAGACAAAGAGUUGGGCAAUUUGUUACAUUUCAUUGAAUUAUCUCCACCGUCGGUGGGUGUCGGAUGUAUAGUUUCUCAUGAUCCCGGAUUGAAUUUAAGACUUCAACAUUUCCACCUGUACACUGACCGCAAUCAAGGAGGACACUACUACAACGAUACGGAACCGGAAACCAUAAAAUAUACUGGUUACUUUGGUGUUUCCAAGCAGUUUACUAAAAUUGAUUGA